ACAAAUUUUUAAAAUGUUAUUAAGAAAAAACUUAUUUUUCAUAUUUAUUAUUUAUAUUUUGCUUAUUUUAAAUAUAUGUGAUGGUGAAAUAAAAUUAAUCCAAGCGACGAUUCGUCAUGCGGACCGUAAUCCUAUUGAUGGAUCCAUUUCACACUUAUAUUAUCCCAACGAUCCUUAUAAAGAUCGCGACUGGUAUCCUGAUGGACCUAUGGAAUUAACAAAUAAAGGAAAACAAAAUGCUUAUAAAUUAGGAAAAUUAUUACGGGAAAAAUACAAAGAAUUAUUUGGAGAAAUUUAUAAACCGAGUCUUGUUUAUUUCAAAUCUAUUGGAAUGAACAGAGCAAUAAAUACUGCACACAUUGUUGCCGCGGGUCUUUUUCCACCUUCACCUUCCCAAGUAUGGAAUCCUGAUUUACCUUGGAUACCGAUUCCUGUCCAUUCUCUGCCGACGGAAGAAGAUAUUCUAAACUUUCCGAUGCUUUCAUGCGAAAAUUAUGCGAUUGAUCGGAAGAAAUCUGUUGCAGAAGUUGACCGAUUGCUCCAAGUCCUCGGCGGUGUUAAAGAUUUUUUUAGUUAUCUGACUCUACACACGGGAGUUAAUCACACGAGAGCUAUACAAAGCUGGAUUCUUUAUCAUCAAUUGGCUUCUCAGGCGAGUCUUGGUCUCGAUCUGGCGCCAUGGAUAACCGAGAUAUUUCCAAAUGGAAAACUUGUGGAUAUAAGUGCUGUCGAAUAUAUUCUUCAAACUUACACCGAUAGGAUGAAACGUCUGUUAGGUGGCAUCUGGAUUAAAAUGUUCCUGGACCAAAUUGAUGAUUUGUUGAGUGGAAAAAAUACUGAACGCAAAGGAUUCUUUUAUGCAAGUAAUGAAAUUCAAAUUGCGGCGAUAUUGAACACUCUUAAAGUUUACGAGCCACAUGUUCCUGGAUAUGCGAGCACAGUUAUUUUUGAAUUUCAUCAAAUAGAUAGUCAAUAUUAUGUUAAGGUCGUCUAUAUAAAUGAAGAUAAAAUUAUAAAUUUUUUUAUACCAGGCUGCGAAAGCACAACUUGUUUGCUGACGACAUUCAAAACCAUUUUGAAAAAUGUUACGAUGGAAGACUUUGAUAAAGACUGCGGACGAAGAGGAAACUUUACGAUUAUCGAUUUAUAA